UUAUCGACACUCUCCCGCCCCUAUGGCACUUUGUUUAUAAUGUUGUUCGUCAGCCGGUGAAAAAUGCCAGUGAGAAACUUUAAUAUUGGCCUGCUCGGGCACGUGGACAGCGGAAAGACCACAUUGGCAAGAGCUCUGAGCUCCGUCUCCAGCACAGCAGCCUUCGACAAGAAUCCCCAGUCCGCGGAGCGAGGAAUCACUUUGGACUUGGGCUUCAGCGGACUGCUCGUGGAGGCACCGGAUCGAGCGGCUGAUAAGCUACAGUUCACGUUCGUCGACUGCCCGGGCCAUGCGAGUCUCAUACGCACCAUCAUAGGAGGUGCCCAGAUCAUCGACCUAAUGCUGCUCGUGGUGGAUUCCCAGAAGGGUAUUCAGACGCAGACAGCAGAGUGCCUCGUCAUUGGGGAGCUGCUGCGGAAGAAGCUCAUUGUGGUCAUCAACAAAAUCGACGCCUUUGCGGACGAUCAGAGGGAAGCCAAGCUGGAGAAGCUGCGGGCGCGCCUUGUCAAGACUCUGGCGGCCACAAGUUUCGGCAGCGAAGUUCCCAUGUAUGCAGUGUCUGCCCUGGAGCGAACCAACAUUCCCGAGUUGCGUGCCGGACUGAGCGAUGCAUAUUUUGAGCCGCAGCGGAAUGCGAGUGCUCCGCUCCUGAUGUACGUGGAUCACUGCUUCGGCAUCAAGGGCCAAGGCACAGUCUGCACCGGCACACUGAUCCAGGGGAGCGUGCGGGUCAACGAUACAGUGGAGCUGCCGGCGCUGGGGGAGAAGCGGAAGGUGAAGUCCAUGCAGAUGUUCCGCGAGAACGUGACCAGCGCCUCCAUGGGUGAUCGCAUCGGCCUCUGUGUCACCCAGUUCAAUGCCAAGCUGCUGGAGCGCGGUGUGAUAGCCCAGCCGGGCUACCUGAAGCCCGUGUUCGCCGUCUGCCUGCAGCUGAGGCCGAUCCGCUACUACAAGCACGACAUCAAGUCUAAAAGCAAGCUCCACAUCAGCGUGGGCCAUGACACCGUGAUGGCCAAUGUCACCCUGUUCCAGGACACGGAAGCCCAACCGUCGGACUUCGACAUCAGCAGGGAGUAUGAGUAUGUGGAGGAGCUGCUGCCAGCGGGACUGCCGGCGUCCGGUGUCGUCUUUGCCCUCCUGCAGUUCGAGAGCCCUGUCCUGACCACUCUGGGCACGACUGUGAUUGCCUCCAAGCUGGACAUGGACGCACACAGCAACAGCUGCCGUCUGGCCUUCUGGGGCAACAUCUCCUGGCAGACACAGAACACAAACUACGCCCAAGAGGUGCUGCCCCAGCUACGCGUCUUCAGGAGGAAGCAGAAACUGGCGAGCAUCCAGAGGGUGGUCAGCGCGAAUGAGGUGAUUGUCCAGAACCUGUUCAAGAAGGAGGCCAACCGGGACAUGUACGUGGGAAAGUGGGUUGAGCUGUCCACCGGAGAGAGGGGCUGCAUAGAGCGGACAUUCGGUCAGAGCUCCAAGGUCUGCAUUGUGUUCCGCGAUGCUCUCUCCGAUUCGACGAUUGAGAAGGUCAGGGACGUGCAGGUGCUGCUGAAGUGCAAGAAGUAUAUUUUCAAUAAACAGGCGGGUCUGUUUCAAUGAUAAAAAUACAUUUAUGCGCAAUUUGUGGAGGAUUGAACAU